UGUAUCCGAUAAUUAAAUUGUUUUUCGCGUUUUUUUUAAAUGAAUAAAUAAAUUGUAUUAAGCUGAAAAUGAUGGUGAAAAUAAUUUUAUUUCAUGUCCAUUUAACUCUUCUAUUCAUCACCAAUUUAGUGAUGAGCAUUAUACAAUGGUUAAACUACAUGAUUUUAUCUAAAAUAAAUCGUAAACUACAAUUACGAAUCAAUUUUCUUAUGCAAGAAUUAAUAUUUUCUCAAUUUGUUGUUUGUCUUGAUUGGUUUUGUCAAACUCGUUUACGACUAUUUUUUAAAGAUCGAAAAUCAUUCGAUAAUUAUGGUAAAAAGCCGGCAUUAUUGAUUUCCAAUCAUCGUUAUCCGAUUGAUGUUUUGUUCUUCAUCGUAUUUGUUCGAAUAUUUGGACCAUUAGGAGCGAUUAGAUCUUUUGUUAAAUAUGAAUUAAUUAAUGUACCGAUUUACGGUUGGGCAUUUUACUUUAGUGAAUUCAUCUUUCUCAAACGAGAUUGGCAACAAGACCAAAAAACGAUUACAGAAUCGUUGAAAAAUAUAGGCAAUUCGAUUGCAUCGAUUGCUUUAUUUUUUGCUCCCGAAGGAACACGAUUUACUCAAAGAAAAUUGGAAGCAGGUAUCGAUUAUGCCAAGGAAAACAAUUUGCCUAUAUUCAAACAUCAUUUGAUUCCUCGUACCAAAGGAUUUAAUUAUAUUCUACGAUAUAUACGUCAGAAUUAUUCGAACGAUGAAUUUAACAUCUAUAAUGUGGAAUUAAUUCAAAAGCAAGAUUCUGCAGAUUUAGAUUGGAAAAAUUUCCUACUUGGUCGAAAAUUUUCGGUGGAUUUUUACAUAGAACAGAUUCAUUCAGAUCAAUUACCAGAACCGGAUGCAAAGGAUAGCAAAUAUUCAGAAACUUUGUAUGAAAUAUUCGCAAAAAAAGAUCAGGUUGUUGAACAACAUCGAACACAUUCAUUCAUACCGGAUUGUGAAAUGGUCAUUGAUAAUCAAAGAUCCGUAUUGCUAUUGUUACGUUGUAUGAUCAUGAAUUUUGUCAUUGGUGGAAGCAUUGUUUACUAUCUAUUGUAUUAUUUAACAUUUGCAUUCCAUAAUUGGAUUAUACGUCUAAUUUUCCUGUUGAUCGGCAUCAUAGUAAUUUUCACCCUUUAUAAGAUAUUCAAAAGUGCCAAAAUUUCAAACUAUGGCGAAAAGAAAACCAAAAAAAUGCAUUAAUCCAAA